AAGUCUCGUCUGAGAUCUCGCCACACCUUGCUCUCGCGCGGAUCUAUUUCGCUCCAUCUAAAGUGUUACCUAAAUUAUACUAAAUCUGUUGUAACUGCCAAAACUGGUCAUACAGAGGGGAAUAUGUCUGCUUUCCAUUUCCCCUUCCUAAGGGGACACGAUGGAUACAAUGAUUUCGAAUACACCGAACUCCAGGACCACGAGGAAUUGUCUGAGCGACUAAGGAAAACUCUCUAUUAUGGAAAACGACCAAGUACAGACCGACCAUCUCUUCCCCUCACAAACUUGACUGUGGAUUUUCUGAAUGCCUCAGUGCCAAAGAAACUUGGGAAGAUUGAUCACUAUUUUGCAGCUUCAAGUGCCAGGCAUUCUUGCAUGUCACCUUGUUCAAUGAUGAUGGGAAUGAUAUAUGUGAAUAGACUGAAGAAGAAAAAGCCUGACUACAUGCAACAAGUGUCUUCCUCUGACCUCUUCCUGAUUUCUAUGAUGAUGGCUUCCAAGUUUCUUUAUGAUGAAGGUGUUGAGGAUGAAGUUUUUAAUGACGAAUGGGCAGCUUCAGCAGACCUGGAAACUGAGGAAAUCAAUGAAAUGGAACGUCAAUUCCUAUCGGCAAUCGACUGGCAAUUGUAUGUAAAUGAGAAAGAAUUCUUUCAGGUGCUACAACAAGUAGAAAGACGGAUUGCAUUAAGCCAGGGACUUGAAAGAGGAUGGUUCUCCUACACAGACUUAUGGGCAAUCAGCCAAGAUCCACAACUCCUACAGACCUUUACAGGAUUAUCUGCUCUGGUACCAAAGAUGUUGGCAGUGUCAAUGGUAGCUUAUGUGGCUGGAAUUUUAACCGUGGUCGGUUCUACCCUCCUGGUCACCUCAACUCUAUCCACUCUGGUUACACUGACCCCCAUUUCUCUCCCUGUCAAAGAGCACUCCAUUCUACCAGCCUUGAACAAUGUGCCUGUGUCUAGUCCCAAUCAAGAAAUCACUCAGGAAAAGAUGGAAACUGUUACUAUUGAAGAAAAUAAACCAAAGGUGCUGGAUGGAGCUUUGUCGUCACUAUGGACUCUGUUGACUCUACCCUCAAUCUUGUCUUUGUCACACCCUGUUCCCUCUGAGAAAACAACUGGUGCCAAAAAGCCUGCUAAUUCAGAUAGUAACUCUACUGGAUUUGAAAAUGGCUUAGAUGAGGAACAGACAAAGGACACAUCCGGAGUAGAAAGAGAGGGAAUUAAUUUGUUCAGUUUGGUCAAGGAUAUUGUUCUGUUUUCGAUUCCUGAUCUUCCACAAACCAGUUCUGUGUGGAAUCAAAUGGUAUGUGCCAAAGGUCCAUGUUUGUUUAGUGGUCAAAAUAUUAACUGUAAGAAUGUAUCCACACCACGGGGAAACUGGCUGAUCAAUUCCAUAUGGACUCAAAAGGACUAUGAACAAAGGCGAACUGAUACACAUUGUAAACAUUGUGAAGCUGGGAAGACCUUGGACUUUGGAAGACCGGACCGAUUUUGUGAUACAAGGGAAGCUAUUGGUGACUGGGCAUUAGAUGGACACUCGGACGUCUCCUGCUGUUGUGAUCAUGUGACUGCAGAUUUGGAUAGGUCCCUAGUGAUGAAUGGUUUCGCAGACAUCUCUCUAGGCUUUCGUACUAUGUUAACUCCGAUUCCAUUAUUAGGGACUUAAAUUUCAUAUUUUGACAAAAGUUCUUCAAAUAUUCAAAGUUUUGAACAAACAUUUCCAAUACUCAUCUUGAUAAAAUUAAUUUAAUUUUUAACCAAAGCUUUCAAUUUUGAAAAUCUCUAAAAUAAAUUUACUGGUAUAUUUUCAAACA